AUGAAGUUCCUCACCGUCCUCUUCGUCUUCGCAGCCGCCGCCUCUGCAGGCGUCGCCGGUACCGAGUCUCAAGGCUGGAGCAUCGCCGGCAACGUCAACAAGCGGGACUGUCCUGCCCACCAAUGCUGCUUCAAGUCCUGUGGAUGCAAUGCCUGCCAAGCUGACUCAAGCGGCAACACUUGCUGUGCCGGUCAACCCACCGAUGUCUGCGGCCAAACUUGCUGA